ACGGGAGCCGGCGGCUCACCGGCGCGGGCGUCGUUGGAGCUUGGCGCCCUCCUUCUCCGCGAGCAUCGCUGAUCUUCUGAGGCGCCAAAGACCCUUAUUCCGGCACCGGGACGGAGCGUAGCCGCGCCUGGGCGGUCCCUGGGCCUGAGGCUGUCGCUUGGAAGCAAUGAGUUUAAAACCAUUUACCUACCCAUUUCCAGAGACGAGGUUUCUUCAUGUCGGUCCCAGUGUGUAUAAAUUCAAAAUCAGAUAUGGAAACAGCAUCAGAGGAAUAGAGAUAGAAAAUAAGGACAUCAUCGUCGAGGAGCUGGAGGAUUCUAUCCGCGUGGUCUUGGGAAACUUGGACAAUCUGCAGCCUUUUACUACAGAGCACUUCGUUAUAUUUCCCUAUAAAAGCAAAUGGGAAAGAGUCUCUCACCUGAAAUUCAAACAUGGGGAAGCUGUCCUGAUCCCGUACCCGUUUGUGUUCACACUCUACGUGGAGCUGAACCGCUUUCAGGAAAACCUGUCACCUGGAAAAGCAGUGAAGGACACCCCUCCUGGCAGGGUCCUCGCUGCAAAAUCAUCUGGAUCCAUGAUGAGAAAACGAAAAUGCACAGAAGAACCCAGCUCCCCCGGCAGGCCAGAGCCGGCCAGGGCCAAGACGGGGACUUCCAGUCGCAGCCUCAGCAAAAAGAAGUCCCCUGUGGAAUCCAGGAGGAACAAGGAAAGAAAAACCCAGCAGGAGUGUCAGCAGACCUCGGCCUCUGACCCCACGGACGUCCAGGAAGAGGAGUCUAGGCGCAGACCCCGUGCUGCAGAGCCAGCUGUUCCCCCACCGCGGGAAGACAGCCUGCCUCCCCCUGGAGAGACAGCAGCCGGCGGCUUCUUCGGCUUUGUGCGCGCCCUCUUCCCGUUCCGGUACUUCUUCAGGAAGAGCAGCGGGGAGCCUGCCCGGAGCGAGGGAGCCUGCCCGGAGCGAGGGCACCUGGAGCCCAGCGGCCGCGCCUCCUCCGGCCCUGUCCUCGCCUUAGGACGCCUCGGCCACGAGCACCGAGGCCCCAUGAGGGGUCCUCCCCCCCCUGGCGGCUUCCCCCAGCUCUUUGCCAGUGCCGUCUACCACUGCUGGCUGACGACCGCUGAGCGCCAGUCCGCCUGA